AUGAUUCGACUGGCCCGGGCCGCGGCCCUCACGGCGCUCGCUCAAAGGGUAAUGUAUACGACGGCGGCAGCGGACGACAUUUCGACGACAUCGCCAGAGACCGAUACACCCGGCUGGCUCCAAAAAGAAAGCCUGGCGCUGACGCUCGUCAACUCGGCCACGCCCGGUCUGCAAUAUCCAGUCCUGCCGCUGACCAGCAACAUGGGCUUGAACGAAUCACAAAAUACCGGUCUAACCAUGAACAUCCAAGGCGCCAUUACCCUCGCUGACCAGAACAAUUAUAACAAACUAUCCGGGGCCGACUAUAUUGCUUACCUCUGCUGCGAUAAUGCCGACAAGCAAGAUAGCUUCAAUAUUGACCCCAACAAGAUGCUCAACCAGCUCAUGGGCUCCGGCCUUUCUGCCAUCAUCCUCUACUCGACCAAUACGAACUGGUGCUCCUUUGACAGGAACAGCGGGCCCUCGUAUUCCAGCAUCGUCACCAUGGCCGACAAAGGCGACGCCACCGACGUCCUCGCCCAUAUCAAGGGCAGAUCUAGCAACGACACGCUGAUGGUAUCCAUCAAGGGCAACACUACCACACCCGACACGGCCGGCGACGACCGCGGCCAUUCGACGGUGGCCAUGAGCGUGCUCUACAGCAUCACGGGGCUGAUCACGCUGCUGUUCCUCGCCAUCAUCAUCGCCGGCACUGUGCGCGCGCAUCGUCAUCCUGAGCGAUAUGGUCCCCACAGCGGCUUCGGCCGCCGGCCAAGACAGAGCCGCGCCAAGGGCAUUGCUCGCGCUGUGCUGGAGACGCUGCCCAUUGUCAAAUUCGGCAACAACGAGCAUGCGAAACCGGACCCGGAUCUGGAAUUGGAGCAUACAGCGACGGAAAAUGGCAGUCAUGAAGAGAAUGCCGUCGCUGCAGGAGGUUUGAGCGGCGGAACAGAAGCUACUGCCAAGAAGGAAACCUCAAAGGAGAAUCAAGAAACGAGCAAAGCACCAGAAGCUGGUGCUAUGGCUGGUGCUCAUACGAAUAAUGGUGAGACAUCUGUGGCAGAGCCUGCCGUGGCCGAAUCUGCCAGUGCCCAGGGCAGCUCUGAGCAUGGAGAGGAGCAUCUCGGGUGCUCCAUUUGCACCGAAGACUUUACCCUCGGCGAGGAUGUGCGAGUCUUGCCCUGUAACCACCAGUUCCACCCAGGCUGUGUUGAUCCAUGGCUGGUCAAUGUAUCUGGAACUUGUCCUCUCUGCCGUUACGAUCUUCAGCCGGACCGUCGAGCAAGUGCGACGUCGACGACGGAGGCUGGACCAGGAUUGCCACCGCCUUUAGCCUUGGAGGCCGAGGACAACGAGUCGACAAUGUCGUCGCGCCACAGAGCAUCACGUACAUUUGAGCUGAGCCGACUGCGGCACCUAUCGCAGCGCGAGCGCUUAGCAGCCCUCCGAGAAAUGCGAAGCCGAAAUGAAGAGCAGCCGCAAGGCGGCGAGGAGCAGGAGGGGGCCCGAGAGGCAACGGCGGCGGCGGCGGCGGCGGCGGCGGCGGCGGCUCGCGACACGGCCGAAAGCGAAGAAGACGGGCGCGCCACCAGCUUGGCGGCGAAACUGCGCGACAAGUUCCGAAUUAGGACCAGGGCUCAGACAUGA